AUGGCGGCAACAAUCAGUGGUGGCGGUGUCGGAGUCGGUGGCUAUGGCGAUGACAGCGAGCAUACACAUGGAACGGUCACGUUGUGGUUGAUAAUUGUGAGUAGUAAGAUCGAGAAUCACCGGGACACAGGUUUUGAUAUUCGUGAUUCCAUAUGCUUUGUGGGUCGAAGAAGAGGAUGUCUCACCCGUCAUUAUGACCAGGAGGGAGAAGAGAAAGAUCAUGUGUUCGGUUUCAUUUAUGCUCCUGAUGAUUUUGCACACAGAAACCAAAUUAAGAUGAAGGGAUUUGGAGAAUUUGGUUUGGCAUUGGAAAGCUCUGAAGGAAAUGAUAAACAAAUUAGGCCCAGGAAGGAAGUACGUGAAACAAGGUUGUCUGAUGCAAACGAGACCUUCGAAGUCACAUCAAGCGAGGAACAAGAAAUCCAUCGUGAUGCUUCUUCGAGUUCACGCAGGAGACAGAAAUAUCGCCAUACUCGUUACCAGAUUCAAGAACUCGAAAAAGAGACUCCUAACCCAGAUGAGAGAGAAAGAUUGGAACUUGGAAGGAGGCUGAAUCUGGAAGCGAAUCAAGUUAAAUUCUGGUUCCAAAACAGAAGAACGCAUUUAAAGACUCAAACGGAUCGUCAUGAAAACAAGAUUCUGAGAGAAGAGAAUGACAACCUUCGGCUUGAGAAUAUAGCCAUGAAAGAGGCAUUGCAAAAAACAGUCUGCAAGAAUUGUGGUGGACCUACACUUCAAGUUGAUAGAUCCAUUCAUGAGCGGAACCUAAUGAUCGAAAACGCCCGAUUGAAAGAGGAGCUUACACGACUCACAAGACUCAUUCGUCAACUAUCGGGAAGGAAUUCGUCAUCAUUAGCAACGGAAUGCUCAGCAGGAGAAGCCAGAAACCCAAUAGAGACCGGAUUACAAAUGGGAAAUAUUGCAGAAAAAAAUCUAGUCUCAAACGAUUCACCAUUAAUACCGCCACCUUCUAGAUCCGAAGUAGGCGUGGUUAAUGCUGACAGCAUGAUCAACGUACCCGAGAAAACAAAGUAUCGGGAUCUUGCUUCAAGUGCCAUGGAUGAGCUUAUGAAACUUGGGCAUGUAGAUGCUCCACUCUGGAACCGAAACAUGGAAACCGGAGGAGAAACACUUAACUUCAACGAGUAUGGAAGGUCUUUUCCUCCUCUCCUUGGCACGAAACCACUUGGAUUCGUUUCCGAGGCUUCAAGGGCUACUGGUGUGGUAUCUCUCAGAAGCUUAGACCUCGUGGAAGCGUUGCUCGAUGCAAAUCGAUGGAGAGAAAUGUUUGUGGGGAUGAUCGGAAGUAGUGCUACGCUGGAAGUCAUUUCAGAUGGUGCCAUCGGAGGUUCGAGAAAUGGUGUCCUCCAACUUAUGCAAGCGGAGAUUCAACUAAUUACACCUUCAGUAUCAGCUCGUGUGGUGAAGUUUAUUAGAUUCUGCAGACAGCAAGCGGAUGGAUUAUGGGUAGUGGUUGAUUUGUCCGUUGAAGCUGAAGGGAGGGAAGGACUGAUGUGUAGAAGGCUUCCUUCUGGUUGUAUUCUGGAAGAUUUGCCAAAUGGUUUCUCAAAGGUGACGUGGGUAGAACAUACAGAGUACGAUGAAGGUCCAGUCGAUCAUAAAUACCGUGAGUUAGUUAGGUCAGGUGUAGGGUUUGGUGCACAAAAAUGGAUUUGUGCACUCCUCCGACAUUGUGAGUGGUUAAGAGCCUUGUCAUCGGCUACUACUGCCAACUACCAGCUAGACCAACAUACUAGAAGUUGCUUAAAAGAUUUAGCAAGACGCAUGACGAGUAGCUUUUGUGCCGGAGUUUGUCUGACAGGUGGUCAACAGUGGAACUUGGUUUCUGAUGCACCUGCAAGGAUUAUGACACGGAAGAGCAUGAGUUCUCCACCAGCAGGAACCAUCCUCUCUGCGACCAUUUCAAUAUGGAUUCCAAUAACACAUCGACGUCUAUUCGAUCUGUUGCUGAAUAAAGAGUUGAGAUGCAUGUGGGACGUGUUAUGCAAUGCUACCGGGAAUGUCGCCCAUUUCACCAUGACCCAUGAUACCAACAACCCUAACUCCAUAUCUCUACUAAGUUCCGACAACCCAGUAAUGGUAGUGCAAGAAACCGCAAGUGAUAUGACGGGAUCAUUGAUAGUAUACGCACCUGUGGAUCUCCCAACAGUGUCUAUGAUGAUGAACAAUGGCGAUACUUCUGGUGUAGGGUUGUUGCCAUGUGGGUUAUAUAUUGUUCCUGCAGGGUCAGAAGCAGAUGGCUCAAUGGUGACAGUGGGAUUUCAGAUGUCGCUGCAAGACUUGGUUACACCCAACCUCAUAACAAUGGAUACCAUUAACACGGUUAACAAUCUGGUGUCGCGAACUGUUCUUGGAAUCAAAGAGAUUGUUCGCUCCAGUACUACUACGUAG